GGUUUCGUGCCCAGACAGCAGUGCUCGGCCCUCAGUCAGGCCCCUCCCUCCUGUGCAGGUGCCAGGCGUCGAAGUGCCGCCCUUACCGGUACCCUGCUCCGAACCACUAGAUCAGGUGCCGGCCCUGUCCAAUUCACAAAGAUGCCUGGGGCCGCCUUCCACGGCCCAGUUCGCUUCAUACGGGACCGGCCGAUCGUAACGCUAUCUUCCUCACGAUCACCAGGCAGUCGGGCAACAGAGGCGUGCUUGUGUUUUCUUUGUGCUGCCAAAAAGCAAUUGCAGCUUGUCUUAUCCAACGAGGAUAAGACCUGUUAUCCAAGUUCGGCUGUCUUAUCUGAAAGCAAUAUUGGCGAUGGAUAAGACCAUGGAGGACCUCGAGGCGAUGUCGGAAGCGUUUCAUGAUAUGCUUUUUAAUUUCGAUGCCAUUCUCAAGAUGACAAUGGAGAAGUACAUGGCCGCAAGAGUGCUGUUGGCAUGCGAUAAACAGGACAUCGAAGAGCUUGCAGAUGAUGUUCACAGAGCGGCGUUGCUCCUUAAGGACGUGAAGGCAGCAGUCCAUCGGGAGCAAGAGUCUCUUCCAAUACUCAAGAGACAGGGCAUGGUGGAUUCUCUAGAGCUCCAGAGGAAGAGACUGAGGAGCAUAAAGGCUAAUCUGCCUGAAUGCCUCCGGAGCACGCAGGGUGGAGGUGCCAUGCAAGAAGCGCUGGAGGGCGAUGGCACCGAGAAUGCUCAGCAGCAAGCUUCGAAACCAAAGGCAAAAGGGAGGAAGGGACCACCACCCAGGUGCUAUGUCAGCGAAACGGAGCUUUCGGCUGUUUCCAGCUACAUGAGAGGGAGGCUUACGCUGCAGAAAGUCAACACAGCUAUUGACGAAAUGGCCGAGUUCGCUGCGUCUAAUGCUCAGCUAUUGGCUAUGGCGAAGAAGCAACCAGGAAAGGCCAAUUCUGAGACCAUGAAGAAAUGUCAGGAAUUGAAAGAGAUUGCAUUGGCGGACGAUGUACGAGGUCAUCAUUUCUUUCUGGAGACGGAUUUGCGCGGCCAGGUUCUAAAGAUGGACCACACGUCAAAAGCCAUCAUCACGGUGAGCGAAAAAGCGAUAAAAUCAAAACCAACUUAAGUUCUGCGGAUUUGCGCGGCCAGGUUCUUUUCCAAAGCAACUCCUUUCAUA